AAGCAUUCGGUUGUCAUAGCUAGUUAAAUCAAUAUUUGCCAACCGAUGUCAAAGUCCAGAAGAAAAUAAUUGUCUUGUUUGUUCAUUUGAAAAUGACCGAAUUUUACGAAAUACAAAACUUGGUCAAAUUAUUCAACCCGCCUCGGGAAGACGACGAUUCUGACUCUGAUAGCAAUGAAACUCCAGGGGUUAAUCCCAACACGGGCGAAAAAAAGCCCAAAGAAACCAAAACAAACCCCUAUGCGAAACUCGAAACUGAGCGUGAAGAAAAAUUCAUGGACACUUGUGACACGGAAAUUAUUUCCACCGAUUGGAAAAAAACACCAAAAUGGGAUAUAAGCUACCGCCAAAAAGUCACACCUUCGGACAUGUUUUUGCAGAUGGGGGCCAAGACACCCUCCACGUCCAGCUGCGAAGACAUGGUUGUAACUAUAGACCUGCCAGGCGAGCAUAUGCAAAACAUGGACAUCAAAGUGCUGCCAAAGCAGUUGGAAGUCUCCUCGCCCAACUUUUCCCUAAAUAUACCGCUCCCGCAACCAGUACACCCGCAAAAAGGCGACGCCAAGUGGGACAAAGACCGGGAAAGGCUCACAGUCACCCUGCGCAUGGAGCGCGAGUUUGACUUUGUCAAUUUUUAAAUAAAACACUUGUCGUAGUAAUAAAAUAAAAAUGGAAGUUUUAUUAAAAAUA